UGUUGACAUUGACUCGACAAUUAUUUGACAAAAGACGUAGAACCUAGGUACAUAGAUAGGCACAAUACAAUAAAACAAGUUUUGAAAGUUUAUAUUUUCUCGUGCUUGCUUAUUCUUAUAUUUUAAACUUGAACUUUACAUGGUCAAGUCAACCUUGCAAUAAAUUACUCGUUUAAACAAUUUUCCUCGUUGUGACGUACGUCCUUUGCCAUGAAGAAGGUGGUAUUGUUCAAAGGCGUAUCGGAAGAUUACGAGAAAGUAUUUACUGACAACGACUAUGAAGUGGUUUUUGUGGAGCCAUUACAGUUCUCCUUUAUCAACCUGGACCAGCUUAAGGAGAAACUAGACCAAGAUCUGUUCGACGGACUAAUAUUGACAAGUCCCAGAGCCAUUGAAGCAGUGGCCAAGUGCUGGGACCCAGCUAAGUUUGUUUUGUGGAACACAAAGAGAAUUUACUCAGUAGGUCACACCAGUUGCCAGAGAAUUAGUAUGUUAUUGGGAUUGGAAGCAAUCGGAGGGACUUCUGGAAAUGCUCAGAACUUGGCUAAGAUAAUUAUCAGUGAAAAUUCAAAACCACAUAAGUUUUUGUUUCCUUGUGGCAGCCUGCGGUCGGAAACAUUGCCAACCAUGUUAUCAGAAGCAGACAUGACAGUUGAUGCUAUAACAGUGUAUGAAACAAAAGAGAAUGAGAAUUUGCGAAAGGAUUUAAUGGAACUAAAUGAAUCAGCUCCCACUUGCAUGGUCUUCUUUAGUCCUUCUGGUUGUGAAUACAUUUACCGUCAAUUGCAGACAUUCAAUAACAGGCUGUCCGUGUUGCCACACUUUGCUAUUGGAAACUCAACUGCCCAUAAGAUUGAGAACCUUGGACUAGAAAUAGCAGGAGUAGCCACUCAACCUGUACCUGAGAGUGUUAUGGAAUCUGUUAAGACUUACUUUGCAACUGAAGGGACAGUCAGUUAAAAAACUACAAAACAUUCUUAAUUCAUCAAAAAAUCUCAGUUCAAUGCUCCCCAAAAAAGUUACCUGUACAAAAAUUGUGUAAGAUGACAGCAAUGUCUUAUUUUUAUAUCACAGAUCAAAUUUAGAGAAUCAUUUUAUAUUUUUCAAACUAAUUAUACAGUUUUUUAUAUAUAUAUAUAUAUAUAUAUAUAUAUGGUGUUGGUAUGAUAUGCUUCAUAUGUACAAAAUAUUUAAUAUCUAUUAGUUGAUAAGGUAAAAGUAAAAUUACUUAAUGAAUGCAAGACAUAGUAAAUGAUAAACAAUGAAAUUAUCGGUCACCAAAGAGUCCAUGACAGCGUGAAACCAGAAUGUUUGUAAGAUUAAUGAUUGUGAACUAAAUGUUAUCAUUUUGGAGUUGCAAUAUUAUACCUUGUUUAUUAAUGUU